UCACCAAUGGACAAGGAAGGGUAGGAGCGAUGUUGGAAGAAAUGGAAGGAGGAGGACGUAUGUUAGCCACAAUGGAAGAAGCUGCAGAGCUUAUUCCUCUAGACCAGUACGUGACAUUAGGAUAUCCGGGGUUGGGAAUGAUCGGGACUAUUAGACCCGCCCAGGAACAGCGGGAAGUGGCGGAAUGGAGACCCUCUCCAGGAGAAAUGAAAUCCGGAGGAUCCACCUUCGUCACGGGGGAAAUAGAUGUUCUGAACGUCGUCCGUGCUCUGGAUCAUCGCAUUCCCCUCCCGAUCGGACACCUGUUGUCCAUCUCAGAACAGGAUAACGAACGCAUGUUGCAACAUUACAAGGCGAACAGAAAACGAUUCGUUAUUGCGAGAACGACGAACACGAAGGGAAAAGGCCCGGCCCAAGAAAACAUUCCGAACCAUGCCAACACAUCGGAACCUAUCCGAUUGGGACUAAUACGGAAGGACAAUCACUUCCUGCGGAUCAAAGCAAUCCCGUGGAAAUUCGCCGAAUGCGACAUCGAAGUAUGGGGAAUUCCGUAUAAUACCAUCAUCGAUUCAGGAGUCGUCGUCUUGGCUAUCUCGCUACGAGUAGUAGAAAGAGCGGGAAAAAGAAAAAACAUGAUCAUGCUGGCAGAGAAAGAUCAUCUCGUUUCUGCAGACGAAAAAAAAAAUAAAACAGUAUGGCGAAUGACGAACGUUGUUUUUCGGUUAGGAAAGGUGCAUGCCCUGGGAGAUGUCGUAGUGUUAGACUCCGCUCAUGCCCCAACCCUCUAUUUCUGCAUCAAGCCGCUCAGUGUGCCAAUCCUGAACGAGGAUGAGUGGAGUGAUUGGUGGGACGCUUAUCUGGAGCUUAGCUUCUGCCUCGUGGAGGUGAUCUUUCAUUGGUCCAAGCCAGUGCCCGGAGGAGAAGGGACUGAAGUCCCGAAUAAUGAGGCGGAGCUGCUGAUCGUGCAGGCCUGGCGCACGGAAACGGAGGGAGAGCUCUUGGGCAUAAUAUUCGGCAAGGUGGAGGAGGGAAAUCUCGCCCUCAUCACGAGCGAGCUAUUGGUGUUCUUGGUGCAGCUAGUGGACGAUUUGCCCCUUGAUAUCCUAUCAAGGUGCGACAGCAAGCCCGGCCCUGACGUACUCCCCCGCACGCUUGCGCCCCAUCUGUUGUGGUCCACGUGCACGGAGCUGGACGUGGACAACUGUCUUUACCCGUCCCAGGAUCUCUACCUGGAAAUCAACGUCACCGAUCUUGUGCUGUGGGACCCCGUCAUCCGACGAGCAAGCGUGUGUGCCGCCGCCAAUGACGACGACGACGACGACGACGACGACGACGACGACGACGACGACGAUGAAGAAGAAGAAGAAGAAGAAGAAGAAGAAGAAGAAGAAGAAGAAGAAGAAGAAGAAGAAGAAGAAGAAGAAUCGUGCACGGAUCCAGAUGAUUCCGACUACCUCAGCGAAGAAGAGACCGAGGAAGAAUUAGAGCGAGGUGAAGAGGAAGAAGAGAGCGAGCCCGAGGAACCCAGCGAUCGGCCCAGGCGAAGUGAAGAAGGGGAAGAGGCCGAAGCGCAGAGGCGACGGGAAAAGGCGGAAGGCAAGCGGCCGAUCAAGGAAGGGCCCCCGCUGGAGUUGUUGUUGGGAGACCCGUUGCUCAAUCCGGAGACGCCGCGCGAGGAGCCCGAAGACGAUGGAGCUGCAGCCGAGGGAUCCGCCGCCGCAGGAGGAGUGAAUCGUCGGCUCCAUCCCUUUCCCCACCCCACCCUACCCUUCGCCUUCGUAGAGAUGCGGGCGAUCGGGCUUCGUCCCCGGUCAUUAUCCCGCCGUCCCCAUGAUUACAUGAUGGUCCGCCAACUCCCAGGUCGACCCCCUUUCCCCGAUGGAUGGUGUCCUUUUCAGCCCACCCUCUUCCAUCAACUCUACGCCACACGUCUCCUGAUCACCAUCGUCCCGCACUCUACCACUCGCUCCCUCGUCGAUUCCUUCCUUCUUCGCGUCCUUCUCUUUAGCGCGACUGGCGGGAAUACAAUAACAUAGAGGUUUAUUGUAUUAUCUCGGGUACGAUCCCCACCUG